UUUAAAAUGGAGGAACUAGUUUGACGUAAGACUGUGCGACAUUUUCCCUCAAAGCGGCGUGUAUAGGGAAGUUUGUGUUGUGUUUCCUGGUCUUUACAAACAAGUGUCAGUAAACAAGACGUGUAGCGCAGUGAUAUCAUACCAAGUAGGUGUGAAACUCAUUUCUGUUGCGGCUACAUGGACACAACCAGUCAUAUUUUUUAUUUGUGUUAAUUUUCUGGAGCAGAACUUGUGCUGUCAACAUGGGUGAUGGCAAUCAGACUUGGGACAUUGUUGAUAAUACAUCUGACCCCCAAAUUUCACAGACACCAUCAACAAAUUUCUCUGAUGUUGUUGAACACCCUUGUCAGUGGAUACUGUAUGCAGAUAUUGGAGAUUCUAGGGUAAGAAUCUGGGAUGUGAUUAUCCUUAUACCAAAUGCACUCUUUCUCCUGUUCCUUGUCUGGAGAUUGAGGAUUGUUGUUGCCAAGCUGAGGAAUGUCAACAGCCCCAUAUUCACAGCAUUCUAUGGUCUGGUGUUUCUUGUAGCUGUCAUAAGUGUGCUGAGAUGCAUUGUGUCAAUGACGGUGAAUGCCUCUAUUCUGGCAGGGGACGUUGCAGACAAGAUGCUAUGGCUGAUUUUACGUUUCUUUCUUCUGGCUACUGAGAUGUCAGUAAUCAUUUUCGGGCUUGCGUUUGGUCAUCUGGACAUCAGAACAAGUAUACAGAGAGUACUUGUGGUCACAUCUUGUAUUGCUCUUCUCUACUCCAUCAUUCAGGGCACUUUGGAAUUCCUCUAUCCAGAUCAGCGGUUUCAUGUGGACAAAAAAUCUACAUCUGAAAACUUUGACAUUUUUGCACAUGGAGGAAUGAUAUUCUGGUUUACAAGUUCCUUGAUAUUCUUUGUUGUAUACAGCGUUAUAUUUCUGUUACCCUAUACAAAACUGAAGGAACGUUUAUCUUUGCCUUCAAAGAGAUCAUUUUAUUACUACGCUGCCUUCCUCGCAGCAUUAAACCUCAUACAGGCUGUGGGCAGCUGUUUGAUUUAUUACAUGGUGCAAAAUGGAUUGUGUGUGGUUGAUCUGACGACCUACAUUUACUUCACCUGCUUUGACCCUCUGGUGUACUAUACUUUUCUCAAGGACUUCUUUAAGGCUGCACAGCCAAACAUAUUAUUCUCUUACAAAGCCCAGGUGGAUGAUGUCCCAGAGGAGGACAUAGUCAGCCUGCCAUAUCAGGGUUAUACUAAUGGGCAUGCGGGAGCAGAUGACAGCAUCAUGAGUGGCAGCUAUGACAGUACCCACUUUGACCGCCAUAGCAACCCAGACUUGGCAGGCUCCAUCCAGUGACAAUUACCAGGUUACAACAUGACUCCGUUGACCCUUGAACAAGGAGAAUAAAUAAGGGUCAAACAUGUUAUAUGCUAACCUACUGGGCUAACCAUGUUACUGCUUUGCAGUUCACAUUUCACAUGUAAGCAGAAGUUGUAAGUAUGUCGUUCGUGAUAUUAG